AUGAUUUCUCCUACUUCGCCAAUUGGCAUCCCCGGCUUUACAGCCCGCACAGCCACAUCCAAGCACUCCUGCACACAAACCCUAAACCCUAAACCCUAA